GGCAUAUACAAUUACCGAUAUCCAGGUACCAACAUUCAAUUUUAAAACACCAGCAAAACAAUCAAGAGUUCCACGCACACUUCUUUAUUAUUUCUGCUGUCUUAUGUUUCUGGAUUUAGUUGGUGGAAUUUAGUCUGGAUAAUGGGUGAUCAAGAACACGGUGAGACAACCUAUAAGGAUGAUGUGCCACCGCCUAGUUACAGUCAACAACAAGGUGGCCUCAUCGCCCAACUGAAGGCUGCCAAAACUGAAUCCAAAGGGACUGCAGAGUGUUGCUGUAAGACAAUUACUAUUGUCCUUGGCUCAAUAUGGUGCACCAUCCUUACUGGCGUCAUGCUGGUCAUUCCAAUAUCAAUGAUCGCAGUAGGAGCAGUAUUCCUACACGACUGCCACUACGAGCGCUAUAUUCCGAUCUACCUUAUCGUAGGCGGUGUAUUUUCUACGCUGCUGAACAUCUACCGUCUUGUCCAUUCAGCAUUAGGGGCAAAGAAGAAAGAAGGAAGGCGUGGGUUACCAUUUGACAUGAUCGUGGGCCUGUUUCUCUUCUGUUGGUUUAUUGCUGGAAACGUAUGGAUCUACAGUAUCUACAGGACGGUCAACCUCGAUGACACAAACGCAGCAAACUACUGCAGGCGACCACUGUACCUGUAUUCCUUCUGGAUUACAACUAUUGGCUGGAUCUUCAUCAUUUUGAGCUUGCUAUGCGGCUGCCUGUGCGGUUGCAUCGCCGCCUGCAUCUGUGAACCAAAGUAGGAGAAAGGAAGCCUAACAAUUCCGGCCAUUCAAAACCCUUAUAACAAAAUGAUACAAAAAGUACAGGUAUUUGACUGUUCUCGAAGGUCAAAUCGUGUUUGUGUGCAUACUUCGCUUAUCCUUAUUUCCCUAUUUUACAACAUGUGUGUCAGAAUUGCAGGCCUAUUUCUCAUUCUUGCAGUUUCAAAUUGUUAAAUCCCGACUGUUAGGUGUAGGUAUUAGUCAAUGGGUAUUAUUUGGAACCAGAGUGAAUGGAUGACGAAAUAACUCCCGCAAAGUAAAUCAAAUAGUGUCAAUUAUUUUAUUACAAAUGACUACGGACGAUAUGCAUAAAACUAGUGAAUACUUUUUACUUGAAAUCUGUUGCGUCAUUUCAUUCCCAGAAAAGGCAGUUGGAUCCAAAUGACGUUAUCCUCAUGAAAUCAGAAAUCAGAAAUCAGAUUGGAUUGAUUUGACGGGAUGUUGUUAUUUGGACAUGAUACUUCUUCCUCUUCUUCAGAACGUUCAUAAAUGUUGCCAUUUAAAGGCAUAUGUCGGUUGUGCCUGACUUCCAAGGUUUUUCUGGAGCUACCUUGGGUUUAUGCAUACCAAUUGAAGAUUCUACUAUUUGUGGCACGAUCUUGUCCAGCUAUUUCAAUACAUACGUCGGCAAUAUUUAAUCACCCGUCGACCUCGAGUCAUGGUAAGUAGUAAAAAACCAACAAAUAAAUAAUAUGGCUAGGCCUUUUUGCUGAUUCUAUACAUAUUUGAUAUUGAGAAUACUCUUAAGAAUACUUUAAUUUCACCGAUAAAAUAUUUGUUUUGAUUGGGGAUCGACUUAUGAAUGUAAAAGGUACAUGUACAGUCCUACCAGAAAGUAAAUGUCCACCGUUUUUUAAAAAAUUUCACAGAGAUAGAAUAAGAUAUUUGAAUGCAAUUUUCAGAGUAUUGUAUAUUUAGUUGGUCAUAUAUCUUGUAUUUUAAUGCACCUAAUUCCAUCCCUUCAUUACGUAACAGACAUUUCAAUAAAGGCCCAAAAAUCACUUUUUUUAUUUCAUGUACCUUUUCAAAAAUUCAUAUAAUCCCAUGAACUGUGCUUUAUGACCAUAAUUUUUUGGCACUUCAAUAGAAUGUGUUCAAUAGUGACAAAUGCACAUUUCUGCUUAGGAUUUUUAUGUUAUGAUUUUAAUAUCUUCCAUUACCUUUGAUACAGAUCCCAAUGUAUGAGCUUGAGUUGACCAACGGCCACGCAAUUACAGUGAAAUUAACUCAUAUCAGAUGUCCUAUAUAUUGUGAACAUGACUAUAUUCAAUGGGAUUUCUAAGUGAACACUUCCUACUUUUGUGUGCCCAUCCAAAAUUUAAAUCCGGUUGAAUCAUUGGCAUGUUAGAUUUGUUGGGAAUCAGUUGCAACAGACAGCCCUUGAACAACCCUCUGCUUAUUGUUGUAAUUGAACCAUCAAUUAUGCUGAAUGGCCCAAUUCAUAAAGACCCAGACCGACUGCAUUGCUGAUCAUACGGGGAGUUCUCAAAGAUCAACAAAGGUCAACAGCUGUCUGACAUAAGCAAUCACCUGCAGCGUGCUAGGAUUUAUUUCCAAAAUGAAGAAUUUAACAGAAAAUUUCUAAAGAAAGCGAUAAAACCCUUUGUUGCAUCAUAGUUCACGAUACAUUGUGAAAAAGAACGAACAUAAAAGAAAAAGUUCGUUUCUGGACAAAGUUGUCCGUUACAUAAUGAAGAGACAGGAUUAGCUCGGCACAAAUACAACAGGUCCGUGACCAACUUUAGUACCAUUCUCUGCUGAAAACCGCAUUCAAUUAUCUUAUUCUAUCUCAGUGAUAUUUCCAAAACCUAUGUAGAUUUACUUUCUGGUAAGACUGUACAUGUAAGACAUGACAAAUCAACCACCGUUUUGCCUAUUAGUUCCGUUUUAUCGGCAUUUUAGCAAUGAAUACACCAAUGCUCGCCUGGAUCUUGUAAUGCUACUUCGUCUGAUGGUGAGAAGUUAAACUCACGAAUCUUGAUCAAUGGAAACGCCCCGGAGAUAUUUUCUAGACAAGAAGUCGGAGGUUCAUUUUACCCGUAGCUACUUGAUAAAAUGAACCUCCUGGCAAAUAUGUACUUCUGAUGAAAUGUUUCUGCACAAAAUAGCUUAUUCAAGAUAAUAAACUAUUGAAAUUGAUUUUACCAAACAAAUUAACCCCUUCCUCACCAAAGCACAUUGUAUUAUUGUAAUCCAUUGCAUCACAGUGAGAUCAAAGGCAUACUAAUAAGUGAAGUAUAACAAACAAUGAUAUGCAUCAUUAAAGUAAAAACAUCAAGAAACAUAAUAUUUUGUGUUAAUGCCAGUAUGCAUGCAUCACAUACAAUUCACAGUGGGUAGGUACAUUUUACCCUGUAGGUACAUUUUCCGGAAAAACGCCUCAAGAAAUACCAGGAAAUGCCUCAUGCAACCUUUUCUACAAUUAAUUGCGCUUCAUCUGAACCAAAUUUACCAGCGUUGGUUUGAAUCAAAAUUAGUGAAAAUUAUUACCGACAAAAAGUUAUGAUAGAACCUACGAAAGCCCAGAAGGCUCAUUCGACAAAACUUACUUCGACAAAAUUGACUUCGACAAAACUCACUUCAACAAAGACUUCGACAAAAUUGAUUUCGACAAAACUCACUUCGACAAAACUCACUUCGACAAAAUUGACUUCGCCAAAAUUCACUUCGACAAAAUUGAUUUCGACAAAACUCACUUCGACAAAAUCGACCAAUCAAAUCGUGUUUUAC